AUGUGGACUAACAAAGGCUUCCUUUGUGAGAGGGUCUCUCCGGAGGUGAUCUUAGUAGGUGGACGGGGAACUGUAUCUCCGGAGUAUAGAGGGCCGUUUGCAAAAAGACGACAUCCUUUGGUAGACUCCUUGGUAGACGACAUUGAUCUGGGUCCAGUGCCUGGAUCUUCAAUAAAGCAAUCUAGGAAGCCAUCGGACCGUUCUUGCUCUGGUUUUUCUGCUUUUCAGCCUGUAGUAGUUGGGGACCGAAAUGUCUGCCGUGGGUUUUGUGGGAUACUGCAAUUGAGUGAUGAGGUAUUGUCUCUCAAUAUACUUUCAUUACUGACUCCGAGAGACAUUGCUUCUGUCGGUUCCGUCUGUUGGCGACUAAACGACCUGACAAAAAACGAGGACCUUUGGCGGAUGGUCUGUCAAAAUGCAUGGGGUUGCGAAACUACACGUCUUUUAGAGACUGUUCCUGGUGCAAAGAGACUUGGGUGGGGUAGGCUGGCAAGGGAAUUGACAACUCUUGAGGCAGCUGCAUGGAGAAAGCUUACUGUUGGGGGGACUGAGCCUUCAAGGUGCAACUUCAGCGCUUGUGCUGUCGGGAAUCGAGUCGUACUUGUUGGUGGUGAAGGAGUAAAUAUGCAACCAAUGAAUGACACCUUUGUAUUGGAUCUAAAUUCCAACAACCCGGAGUGGCAACAUGUCCAGGUGAGCUCUCCUCCACCUGGUCGUUGGGGUCAUACGCUUUCUUGUGUGAAUGGGUCUCAUCUGGUGUUAUUCGGUGGCUGUGGAAGGCAGGGUCUGCUCAACGAUGUUUUCGUUCUCGAUUUGGAUGCAAGGCCUCCGACCUGGCGAGACAUCUCGGGAUUGGCUCCUCCACUUCCUAGAUCAUGGCACAGUUCCUGCACUCUCGAUGGAACCAAGCUCAUAGUUUCCGGUGGUUGUGCAGACUCGGGAGUACUUCUUAGUGACACUUUCCUGCUUGAUCUUUCAAUGGAAAAACCUGUCUGGAGAGAGAUACCGGUAGCAUGGACCCCACCUUCUCGUCUGGGCCACACACUGUCGGUAUAUGGUGGUCGGAAAAUAUUGAUGUUCGGAGGUCUUGCUAAGAGCGGUCCUCUCCGGUUUCGUUCUAGUGAUGUGUUCACAAUGGAUUUAAGUGAGGAGGAACCAUGUUUGUAG